AACUAAUGACUAAACCAUCGUUUCGAUCUGUAUGUCAUCGAAGCCGCUAGACCACUUGAAUUUCCUGUUGAUCGUUUUUCUCGUGUAUCUAUCACGAGGCAUGCUGAAUUCUCUGGUGACCUCCGUUUGUGCUUUUCUCUCUGCGAUGCACUGGUGCUGUCUUUGCUUGGCUAACUGUUAUCAUAUAGGAGUGUGUGUCUUUCUGUGCACGCUGUGCUGCGCAAGUGCUCGCAACACACUCUGUAUAGCCUUUGAACGUGUUUCGGGUGGAAGGGGGCAUUGAGGUUGACGGAAAGGGGUAAAUCCGAGGGCUUUAGAGCCUAGUCUCCUGCCAUGGAGUCUGGAGCUCGUGGCUCAGAAGAAACAACUUAUUGCGGUUCCAGAAGGCAUGGAACCGAUUUUUUCUGCUUCGACUGGCGGCAGAGCCUAGCUAGCUAUAGUGUCGAUGCGCUCCC